CUUCGACAGCCUCAUUCUUUCCUCAUCCACAUCCACCGCAUCGGCCCAUCGUCCUCGAUACGUGGCAUUGCAACCCAAUUCCUGUCCGUUCUGUCCUUCCUCUGUUCCGGCAUCGUCUCCGCCUGGUAAUUGAGGUUCCUCCUCCGUCCUGCUGUCUUCUUCUCUCCAUCUAUUUCUUCGCCUUUAUUCCUCCCUUCUGACGCGCCGAACCUGCUAGCGCCUCUCAUUCAAAAGAGCCUCUUUGUCCCGACAGUUUCUUCUCGACUUUUCCCCAUCAACCACAACAUCCAACCAUGUCUCACGAGGAAGAUCUCAUCGACUACUCCGACGAGGAGAUUGGCGCCAACGAGACCGCCGCCGCCUCCAACGGCAAGAAGGGCGAGACCACCUCCGGUAACAAUGUCGACAAGAAGGGCAGCUACGUGGGCAUCCACUCCACCGGUUUCCGCGACUUCUUGCUGAAGCCCGAGCUUCUGCGCGCUAUCGGCGACUGCGGUUUCGAGCAUCCUUCGGAGGGUCAGCGCAAGUCGAUCCCAGUUUUGACUGGCGGUUUCUUGCAAGUUGGGAAAUCAUGUUCAUGCUGCGACGAUGGACGGACCUUGACGCUCAUCACCCAUCGUUCGUUGCUACUUGGUUACAAAUCAAAGUCUAACACCUCGCGAUCGACAGUCCAGCAAACCUGUAUCCCCCAAGCCCUUCUGGGUGGAGACAUCAUCUGCCAGGCCAAGUCCGGUCUGGGAAAGACUGCCGUCUUUGUCCUGGCCACGCUUCAGCAAGUCGAGCCCGUUAAUGGCGAGGUCUCUGUUGUCGUCAUGUGCCACACUCGUGAGCUGGCCUACCAGAUCCGAGACGAGUACAACCGAUUCAGCAAGUACAUGCCCGACAUCAAGACUGGUGUCUUCUAUGGCGGUACUCCCAUCAAGAACGACGUUGAGACGCUCAAGAACAAGGACACGUGCCCUCACAUCAUUGUCGGCACUCCCGGUCGUCUUAAGGCCCUUGUCCGUGACAAGGCCCUCCGUCUCGGAAGCGUGCGCAUCUUCGUCCUGGACGAGUGCGACAAGAUGCUCGACCAGCCUGACAUGCGUACCGACGUGCAGGAUGUGUUCCGCGCUACCCCUCAGCAGAAGCAGGUCAUGAUGUUCUCGGCCACCCUCUCCGACGCCAUCAAGCCUAUCUGCCGCAAGUUCAUGCAAAACCCCACGGAGCACUACGUGGAUGAAGACACCAAGCUCACUCUGCACGGCCUGCAGCAGUACUACAUCAAGCUUGAGGAGCGCGAGAAGAACAGGAAGCUGAACGAGCUUCUCGACGAUCUCCAGUUCAACCAGGUCAUCAUCUUCGUCAAGAGCACCGUCCGUGCUACCGAGCUGGACAAGCUCCUCCGCGAAUGCAACUUCCCCUCCAUCGCUGUUCACUCUGGAGUCAGCCAGGAGGAGCGUAUCCGCCGCUACAAGGAGUUCAAGGAGUUCAAGAAGCGCAUCUGCGUCGCCACUGACGUCUUUGGACGUGGUAUCGACAUUGAGCGAAUCAACUUGGCCAUCAACUACGACUUGCCCGGCGAUGCCAACUCCUACCUCCACCGUGUCGGCCGUGCCGGUCGAUUCGGUACCAAGGGUCUGGCCAUCUCCUUUGUGAGCACUGAGCAGGAUCAGGAGGUCCUCAAGGAGAUUGAGAAGCGAUUCGAAGUCGCUCUUCCAGAGUUCCCCAAGGAGGGCGUUGAUGCCAGCACCUACAUGGCGUCUUAGAUGAUGGCUCACGACGUGACUCCACCGCCUCGUGUACUAUGUUUGUGCGUGCCAAGGCUUGACAGGAGCAUGUGGGAGAGAAGGUCUUUCGUCUAUGCCGUCGGAUUCAGAAAAUUUGGGGGAGUAGCCGAGCUUGCUUAUACUAUUACGUAGCUUAUUUUACCGGGAGCGCAAGGGAAUGGUAGGCUGAAAUGCCGUGGUUCAC